GGCCUCACUGUAGUAGCUAGAGGUAGAAGAGGAGGCGAUGGCUGGUCUGGCCUAGCCUUAGAUUUAGGCAAUGCUUUUUUGGUUAUGUUAUGGGCCAGGCAAAUUGGGUCCUUUUGGUCCAAAGGGUCUUUGAUCCGAGGUCCAUGGUCGCACGUAGGGUCUUGGUCCAAAAAGUCUUUGGUCCGAAGAUCCAAAUUUUAGUGACCUGGUUUUCUGGGAAUGAAGCCGAUGCCUCAUACCGUUGUCUCCAUGAAAAUAAUUUUGAUCGCGAUUCAUGUACGAAGUAUUUCCUGAAUUAUAAAAAUUGCCGCAAAUUUUGGGGAAACUUUGCUCUAGAUCGUCGAAGAAACGGAAUUAAACCAGCAUUACCAGCCAAAGAAGAGAGAGAUAAAAUUCUAGAAAACUUGUCACUUAAAUAGUAAUUUGAUUUGGGUUGUAUAUGUAUUACAUGAGGGCGCCAUUUACUUCUUUCUGCUGCCAAUUAAGUGUCGGAUUGCAAUUGAAGUUCUAAAUUUCUAAUUUACAAUAUGGAGUAAUGAAAGAUCAGAUCUUCAGUGCAGAGGUCUGUUGAAAUUGGAAGUACCCUACAUGCUACAGCUCUGUAUGAAUAAAUGUUGUGGUGUUCAAUGGGGACUUGUGUAGCAUGAGAUGUGGUCGGAUCUAUAGCAUGAGAAGGAAUCCGCUGAGCUCAUCUGUAUGUUUACAAAAAUGUUUCUAUACCAAUGUUGCAGUGAGCCCAUUUAUUACAUUAUUUGUAAUUUUCAUGUAAAAUGAACUCAAGCAAAGCAAGCAAAAACAGAAAUAUACUGGAGGGAUUCGUAUGCUAAAAUGUGGAUAGAAAAGGAACUCUGGAACAUGAGAGGCAGAUCAUUUUUUAGUGACUCGCAUAGUUGAGACUAACAUAUUAAAGGUCUUUGUUUUGCAUGUAAAGAUAAAUGUAGGGACUGAAUGAGUGCACCACUAAUGAAUCUUUCCGUUAAGCCCCGCCCCUUGGAUACUGUUGCUAAGGUCCCACCAAACAACAAUGUAAAAGCAUAUGUGUGUUUGUGGGACAACACAUGUGGUUGUAUUAGACACACCCAUAUUCCCUUAACUCUGUUCUGAUUGGUCAGUUGUUGAGUUUGAUUGGCACUUCUGGAAAGGUCUAUUGUUAAAUGCACAUAUUAAUGAGUUUAGAAUUUGUUGAAGUACUGAAUUUAGAAUGUACUGUAAAUAAAUUAAUGUAAACAAAUAUAAGGUUCUGAUAUUCAAUAAAAAUGAUCAUGAACGUAGAAAGAAUGAA